GCGCAGGGGCGUGCGCAAGACGUCACGCCAAAGCCAGUUGCGCAAGAUGAACGAAGUCAUCGCCUGGGUGUGGGAGCCAGCCGAUAUGGCCAGUGGUAACAAGAAGAAGAACAAGAAGGGUGGCAGAGGCGGCAAAGGUAAGGGUAAGAAGAAGGCGAAACACUAGGAGCAGCUGCUGAUGUAGCCACACUGGCAUGUCGCAUGUAUCCCUCCUACUGCAUAGUGCACACAAGGUGUUCAAGCAGCCACGCUUGCUAGUCGGAUGCGGCGUCCUACAGGAAAGUGCAACUGUGAGUAAGGAGUUUUUGUAUACGCGUAGUAUUACCAGCUUUGCACGGCACUACACUCCGAUUCCCAUUAGACAGCAUAACAUUUGCCAAUGUCGGAUCCGCGUGACGGAUUUAGUGAAACCUUGUCUCAUGAAUCAAAAGUUCAGUUGCAUGGCUUUGUUGUGGAGCGUCACACAGUGGGAGAUUUACGACGCGUACACCGAGGAGCUGGAGCAGCAGAAGCACGAGAAGGAGGCCAAGGAGAAGAAGGGCGGCCGCGACGAGACGGCAAAGCGUUGGGGAGACGAUGAGCUGGGUAUGACGUCAUCGUCGAUGGCACUGGAGGAUUGCCGGCCGGUGGCCAGAGCGGCAAAGAUCAUCGAACGCAUGAUCAACCAGAACACGUAUGAUGGUAUUGGGCAAGAUUUCAAGUACUACAAGGACCCUCUGGACGAUUCACGCAAACCCAUCGGUACUCUGAUGCCGCUGUGGAGAUUCGCCUAUGAUGGCACCAAGAAGAUGACCGUCACCACCAUCGGCAACAACCAGCGGUACCCAGACCUCUUUGCCGUCGGCUACGGCUCGUUCAGCUUCGAGCAGCCAGCCAAGUUCGGCCUGGUCUGCUUUCACACACUGAAGAACCCGUCGUUUCCGGAGUACGUGUUCCGCCUGGGCAGCGGCAUCAUGUCUCUGGACAUUCACCCGGAGCUGUGCCACUUUGUGGCGGUGGGCCUGUACGACGGAAGCGUGGCCGUCCUGGACGUGCGUCGUCCAGCCAGCGAGCAGCCCGUAUUCCAGUCAGCCGUCAAAGAUAAGCACAUUGACCCGGUUUGGCAGGUGCGCUGGCAAAAGGAGGACUCCGAGAAGCGUCUCAACUUCUUCAGCGUGUCUUCGGACGGCCACGUUCCCUGCUGGACCAUAAUCCGCAUACAGCUCGAGCGGCAGGAGAUCGUCACCGUUCGCCUGCUCAACAAACCGCAGCCAACGCCCAAGAAGGGUGUUGAAGUCGAGGUGUUCAACGACCUGGCACGGGCGACUUGCUUCGACUUCAGCCCGGUCGUGGACAACAUCUAUCUGGUCGGCACUGAAGAAGGCAUCGUCCACAAGUGCUCCAAGACCUACAGCACCACGUUCCUGGACUCGUUUCAAGCCCACAGCAACGCCAUCUACUCGAUUCGCUGGAGCCCGUUCCAGCCCCGCGUGUUUGCCACAUGCAGCGCCGACUGGACACUGAAGCUCUGGGACGGCGAGAAGCUUUCUUCGCCGCUGUUCAAAUUCGACUUCACUGACGCUGUGACCGACUUUGACUGGUGUCCGUUCUCAGCUACAGUGUUUGCCGUGUCCACUGAAGAUGGAACUGUCCGCGUCUUUGACCUGAGCGUGGACAAGUACGACCCACUCUGUCAGCAGCUGGUCACGCAGAAGAAGAACAUGCACCUGACCAGGGUCCGCUUCAACAAGGAGUUCCCCUUCUUGCUGGCUGGGGAUGAUCGCGGCUAUGUGCAGUCUCUGAAGCUGUCGCCAAACUUGCGCCAGGCCCUUGCGUCCAAGACCUACUCAACGGAGACUGAAGUCGCCAAGAUGGACAAGCUCAUCGCCUGGGUUCAAGAGCCAGCAGAGCACAAAUAAUCAUGCGAGGCGAGUAUGCGUUCUCAGAUUGCCCCUGGAAAAGCAGGUCAGUAGAUUUGUCACAGACUGUGCGGUGCUCCGUGUUUGCUGUGGUUUCUGCGACUGUUGACCGUGGCCAUUUCCCCAGGCCCUGGUAUUGAUUGAGAAGAUCGCUUUGAGCAACUGUUGGAGAGCUAUGGAGAACAGGUUACCAUCAAGUCAAAACACUGAUCUAGGAGUGGAACUAGACAAGGGAGUAUUCACCGACUUGAGAUACAGUAUGCCUUUGUCACACUUCUGUUACAUUGAACAUUAGGAAAUAGUGAGUUCCUUGUUAGGCUAGUGACUAUGAUGAUACAUGUAUGUUGUUUUUUCAAUUUUUCUUGAGCAAUUAUUUGAUUGUAUAUUGCAGACACGCAUGUGUAUAUACUAGUAUAUACAUGUAUUAUAGUCUGGAUAGAGAUAUCGCUACGAUUCUAGUGCCCAGUCAUUCUGGAUUUGAAUUGGAAUGAACACUAGGAAGCCUGCAUAUUAGCAUAGAGUCAAGUGUACCCCUGGCAUAUCUGUACCCAAUCAUGCUGGGGCAGUGUCCCCACGCGUGGACUGCCUGGGACUUCCUGGGACAGGCCUCCGAAGUACAUACGUGUGUGACUGUCUGUAUGCAUGUCAUUUUGAUUUGAUCUAGUAAUGGUGUGCUCUAGACUCAUCCGUGACUUCUGCCAGCAAACUGAGA